AUGGAUUUUAGUUCUGUCUUAAACACUGAUCAUAGAGAAAUUUUGCAGAAUAUGUUGCCUACAGGUGAUGGUUUUGAAGGAAUUGUUCUAAGUUCAGAACCUUUGAGUAAUGGAUUUUCUACAAAGGAAUACCAUUGCAUUCAUAAUACAAAACCAAAACGAAAUACUAAGCCUCAUGAAAAGCAUCUAAACUGUAAUGCCAAAAUGAUUGUAACCAUUAAAAACAAGGAAAUGAAAAGAAGCAAUGAUGUCUUUUUAAAGAAGUACCCCUGUGAAAUUUUUUUAAGGAACACCCAUAAUCAUUCAAUAUAUAUUUCAUCAGCACUAAAGUUUUGUCCACCUAGUCAACAGUUGCAGGAAGAAUUUAAAUUAUUAUUCACUAAAGGACAUUCACCAAGCACAGCAUACAGUCUCUUUAAAGAUGAAUUAUAUGAAAAUCACAAUCAAAGGUACAAUGAAAUUGUAGCUGAUGGCAGUAAAUGCCCAACACUGAAGUGGGUAUAUGAUCUGUACUAUCAAAUAUUCAAAAGAGAAUAUGGUGAGCCUACAGGUGUCGAAAUGAUUGUGUCAAUGGAAAAUGCAAUAAAAGAUUAUAAUAUUAAAUGUGAAAGUGGUGGAAAUAGAAUAGGCGUGCAGCCAACAGCAAUAAUGAGACGAAAAUCGGGACUAGGGGGAAGAAAUAUUGCUCGAAGUGGCAGACCUCCAAAAAGGCUUCAACUGUCAGAUCAUGCCUACAGUAAAGAAAAAAAUAAACACAAUUAUGAAGUUUUCAAUCCUGACAAUAAAACUGCUGCACCACAUUGCUUAGAAUACUGUAUUACUCAAAAUAUAUCUUUGGCGACAGGAGGAAGAAAAGUGCCCUCGGCGUUACACCAGGCAACAAGUGUUACAGUCUCGGCCUUUUCUGCUCAAGCAACUGACGAAAUUACUUUUGAUCCUUUUACUGCCAAAACUUCCCCCGGUCUUAUAAUAUGGGAAUUAAUACCUGCUACAUCCAGUAUUGUUAAAAAUACUCGUAAUGGCCAUCGGCAACAGAACCUGGACACUGAGUAA